AUGGGCAAGGAAUAUGACCGGCUCGUUGAACACCUUCACAACUACACGAAGAAGGCUGAGAGUUUUAAAACCACCAAGAGACACUUGUCCCUUGAAAUUCUUGAGCUGAGCUGCCACCGUAGAGCCACACGAGCCGCAAAGGACAAGGAACCCACGUCCGGGCUCGCAAGACUUUGCGGAGAGGCGAUAAAAGAAGGCUUCAAAGACGGAAGCGCAGAAGUGCUCGCUGAGGCUGCAGAAGCGGGAAGGAACAUCUACUACGCUCGUUGA